AUGUCUGAUUCCAUCCCUCUCGGCCCUGUUCUCAGGCAUGCCUCAACAGACACAGACAGAGACCAUGAUCGACCGCCGAGUCUGCACGAUGAUUCCCCUCCUGACUAUGAGCCCCCCAAGGAGCUGACCAAGAUGGAACUCCAUCCCCGCAGCUUUUACGCCCUGUUUCUCGCGCUUUUCUACGCCGCUCUCGUUCUUGCUCCUUGGGUAAUCGUCUGCCUUCUCACUGACCGUCCCAUUGCCGGUCAACGCUACGGCGCCCUGACCGGACGUGAUUCCAACUACGACUCCUACGACCCAUCAAAGAACCAGUCGGUCUACGAAAAGAGCGAACGCUGGUACCAUGCUGCUCGUGUCAUCCAGGCAAUCGCGAGCGUGCUCACCUUGCCCUUGACCUCCGCCAUCUGCGCCAGCGCCGCGGUCAUCUUCAUGCAGCGCGAGGAGCGCCUCACGAUCCCACAGCUCAUGAGCCUCGCCGACCGAGGCUGGCUGGACUGGGCAACAUACGGGAGACUCGCCCACGCGUGGAAGCGCUUUGGAAGUUCGUUCCUACUGCUGGCAAUCCUGGUGAACCUGCUGGGCAUGAUCAUCUCGCCAUUGCAGUCGAUCCUCCUGUCCUCACAGGCCGUGAUGACCCCAACCAAACCCCAAGAGAUCUCGUCGCUGAUCGACCUCCCGUCGCGUUUCUGGGUUCCGGACGAAUACUCCUAUCCUGACAGCAAUAUCAUCACGAUCAAGACCCGUGCUGCGCUUGAGGCAACGACUUCAACGGAGAAGCACGCGCAGCUGUGGCCAGGCGCCAACGUCACCUGUGACCCGUUUCAGACGGACAAGUACUCGGAGAAUGUCUGCUUGCGGCAGGGGGCGACCUUUGAGAAUAUCUCUCUCUUGCCUGAUCCUUUUCUGGCUGAGCUGCCCAGCGGCUUUCACACCGGUCUGUUCCGUCAGUUCCUGCCUAGGAUCAACUCGACGGCGCAGUAUCAAGUCAUCACUGAAGCCGAAUUUCCCGAGGAUUGUGAUCAGAUCCAGGGCGCCUUUUUCGCCGAGUAUACCAACACCUCGCGGUACAUGCCCGGUAGCGACAUGAUGCAAACCUGGGGCUUGAGGGCCUGCAUGCCUGCCGAUGUCACGCAAUCGCCGUGGCGGGCCACUCGCGACCGGCAUACGUUCUCGGAAGACCUGUAUCUUGACGUCAAACUGGUGAAUUAUAGUAUAGCAAUGACGCGUCCUGAGCGCGGCUUCUUUCGAGUGACACUCACCACGACCACUGGGUAUUUCGAGCUACCGAACUACAUGAAUGGUGGAGUUGCGGGGUUCCUGCUGGACAAGGAUCCAACCGAGCUCUGCGAUGAUCGAUGUCAAAGCCAAGGGACCAUCAAAAAUCCCGAUCAAGACGCCUCUAGAACCCGCCGCGACACCGAAAUCACCCCCGCCUCCAACGCCCUCCAAGACAUCCGCAACAAGGGCCCCCUCCUCACCAUCGCCCUGGCCCUCUUCGGCCAAGGCUCCUUCAUCGAAUCACACGCCCGCCAGCCAGAAGCCUACGCCGCAACCGUCAUCUAUGACUAUAACAAGGACCAAAACCCCGCCCACAGCGCCUGUCGCUACCUCAAGCCUUUCGGCUACAUGCUCGAAAGCAUCAGGCUCGAGUGCAUAUCCAACAGCGCCGGCGGCGUCAACGGCUGGGAUGUGCGCGAUCUCAUCGCGGAGUGGCUAAACAGCUUCCACACGUUUCCGGAAACCCUCGCGAAUGCCUUUACGGGCGCCGCGUACCUGUCGCACAAGGCCUGGAUGGACCAUAGCACCGAGGACCCCGACGCGCCGUAUGUGUAUGGCGGCGGCUUCCGCGUGAGUUUCGACAUGGGCCGGCUGCGUCAGAAACCCGUUAUCUCGCGCGCGGGCGUCAUCGUUGUCUCGGCGCUCUUGGGGGUCCAUGUCCUCUCUCUCCUCGCGCUGGGCUGCUAUGCGGCGUGGAGUCCGCGGUGGACGCGCAGGCUCGACUCGUUUGCGAUACUGCGUGUUGGCGGCGCGAUUGCGCGGCAUGUGCCGUUGUGGAUGGUUUACAAGACGUCUCUGGUUAGGGAGUUGGAUGGGCUGCCUGGGUGGAUUGGGGAUCAGAUGCCGGAGGGUGAGGCUGUUGGGAUGUUGGGGCUUGGGGGGCCAGCACGGUUGAGUGGGAGGUCGAGCACGAGGGCGAAGAGGAUGUUUGUUUCGUACCAUGUUAAGCCCGGGUUUGGUUGA